CGAGCCGGGCCGGCCCCUCCGGGCGGUGCAGCGGGGCCGGCUCGGGGGAGGAGGGGAAGGGGGAGCCGCUGCCGUCACCGAGGCUCCGGGCUCUCCGCCGCGGCAGCCCCAGCCCCGCUCCCACCCCUUCGCCUGCCCCCACCCUCCUUCCCUUUCUCUCGCUCUCUCGGCGAGAGCGCCGGUGCCUCCCUUCCCAGAUGGCAGCCGGCAGCGCGAUGCAGCCUCCCGCUCCUCCUUCCUCCUCUCCCACCUCUCCGCCUCGAAGUUAAUGCCAUGCUGCCGCUGCUCCUCCCGGCGCUGCUGGCCGCCUGCCUGCCGCCCUGCCAGGGCUGGAGCCCCUCGCCGACUGCCAGCGGGCAGGAGGAGCCGGAGCAAGAGCUCUUCUUGCCCGCUGUCAACUCCUCCUCCAGCUCCUUGGCCAGCCUCGAGAUGGACCUCGACGGGGCAACAAGCAAGGAGGAAGGCAGCACCUCCAACCCUGGCACAGCGGCUGCUCCUAGCCAAGAGCCUUUCCCUUCCUCUCCCACCUCCUCCGGGCAGCAACAGCAACACCAGCAGCAGCGUCCCCAUCCGCAGCCCUCCGAGGACCCGCACUGCAAUAUCAGCGUGCAGCGGCAGAUGCUGAGCUCGCUGCUGGUGCGCUGGAGCCGCCCGCUGGGCAUCCAGUGCGACCUGCUGCUCUUCUCCACCAACAGCCACGGGCGGGCCUUCUUCUCCGCCGCCUUCCACCGCGUUGGGCCGCCGCUGCUCAUCGAGCACCUCGGGCUGGCGGCCGGCGGAGCCCCCCAGGACUUGCGCCUCUGCGUCGGAUGCAGCUGGGUGCGGGGACGGCGAGGAGGGCGCUUGCGGGGCUCCGCGCCCCAAGCCCCCGCCGCAUCCUCUUCCUCCUCCUCUUCUUCCUCCUCCUCCUCCUCCUCCUCGCUGACCUACCCGCCGGCGGCAGAGCCCGGCCAAUACUGGCUGCAAGGCGAGCCACUGAAUUUCUGCUGCCUGGAUUUCAGCCUGGAGGAGCUAAAGGGGGAGCCGGGCUGGCGGAUGAACCGCAAGCCCAUCGAGUCUACCUUGGUGGCUUGUUUCAUGACUCUGGUCAUCAUCGUGUGGAGCGUGGCCGCCCUCAUCUGGCCCGUGCCCAUCAUCGCCGGCUUCUUGCCCAACGGCAUGGAGCAGCGCCGCAGCACCUCCGCCGGUACCACCACCGCCACCUCCAAGUAGCCUCUCCUGGUGACUCCCCUUCUCUUCACCGUGUCCCGACGGGCCGGACUCUGUCGUGUUUUUCUUGUUUCCCUGAGGGGAGCAGAGCCUGCUCCUGUGUGCUCGUUUUGUAUCUUUAAUACCCGUUUUAAACGAUCCUUUUGGUAAAAAAAAAACAAACAAAAAAAAAAACAGAAGAAAAAAAACAAAAAGAGAUAAAAAGCUGCCAAAAAAAUCAACGCGGGAAAUAAAAGACCUUCCCACCCAACCGCCUUUGUUGUAGUCGGGGUAGCUUUUUGUAUAUGGAUACAGUUUGAGUGGUUUUGUUUUCUUAAUUUACAGAAAGGGAAGUCUCUUUAGGGCAGGAUGGAGAGCUGGAGCAGUAUAUGUAUUGUUAAUGCUGAAGCUGAACUUUAAUGAACCUUCUACACUGUAUUUCCCAGUUGAGAUAGUGUGUAUUAUUGUAGCUCUGCGUUAUCUGGCUUUUAAUACAGAGGUUUUCUUUCUGGA